AUGAGCCCUCUUGUGCUUUCUCCUGCUCCAGACGCGCAUCAGAAUCAGGGUUCUGCAGACCGGUUCCUGCUUCCACCUGGUUCGGGGGCUUGCCAGGAACAACCAGGUCCUUCGGUUGCGCUUCUGCCUGCUGCUGAUUUGGAGGCGUGGCAGGAACAACGAGGUCUUGCUGGUGACCUUCUGAUUGCCAUGCAACGAAGCAGAAUGGGCGUGCCACAUGCACGGGAGGCGAUGGCAAUCGCCGCACAACAAGACAACAUGGUGUUGGGCAAGGGAGGCGACAUGGUGUUGGGCAAGGGAGGCGACAUGGUGUUGGGCAAGGUUGACGGAAUGCAAAAGGGCGAGAAUCGGGACGAGAACGAGGGUAUGCAAGAGGAGACGCAAGAUGAUGGCAGCAGUGCUCCCACCGAGUGUGAGAUGCUGUGCACUGGCGAGAGCCCAUCGCUGGGUACCGGAAAUGCUAGCGGUGCCAGUGGUGCUAGUGGUGCCUGUGGUGGGAAAUCGGAACAACGACGAGUGUUUGUGCCUGUGCGACUGGGCCAUAAAAGCGCGGGAGAGGAUAGCACGGAUCGCUCGCGGUGGCAAAUCAUCUACCCCGUUUACAUAAACUCGAAGAUGACUAUAGCGCAGGGUCGUCGCAUCGCGGCGAGCAAGGCCGCGGAGAACCCGAACAUUCAAGAAAUGGUCGACUCGUGCACGCACCUUAAAAUCCCCGUGCAUGCAGAGCUGGACAAGGCCUACUCGCGGGACUUCUUUCAACGAGGCCGCAUCCGAGUGCAGAUAAAGAAGCCCGACAACACGCCACACAACCCCGACAUCCCCAACAAAAUGGCGCUUAUGCUGAAACUGGGGGAGCUUAUACCGAAGCAUGUUGGGCGGAGCAAGAAAGACAAGGAGAAGGACAAGGAAGGAGGUGGCGGAGGGGGUGGGGGAGCAGGCGGGUCACAUGGAGCAGGGGGUUCUGAGAAGAAGGGAAAGGGAGGGAAGAAGAGGAGAUAA